GAAAGCAGUCAUGAAAAUACUAGUCAAACCCAACCCCGAACUUGCUGAUUUCAUCGAGAAUGAGUGUAGGCGAGAUUCAUCAUGGCAAGGCAUAGUAUCUAGGUUAUGGCCGAAUGCUAACUGUGUCGACACUAUCAUUACUGGAACAAUGUCUCAUCAUAUCCCUAACAUUGAAUUUUAUAGUAAUGGACUCCCAAUUGUUAUCACAAUAUACGCGUGUUUAGAAUGCUUCUUAGGUAUUAACCUUAACCCUCUAACUAGUCCACGUGAAGUUUCUUACACCCUAAUCCCUACAAUGGCGUAUUUUGAGUUCUUGCCAAUAGUCGACGGAGACGACAAUCAAAAUGACAACUGCAACAAGGAGAAAGAUAAACAUCAUCAAGAACUAGUUGAUCUUGUCGAUGUUGAGCUUGGACGAGAAUAUGAGCUUGUUGUUACCAAUUAUGCAGGACUUUAUCGGUAUAAAGUUGGAGACGUGCUGCGAGUCUCUGGGUUCAAGAACAAUGCUCCUCAGUUCAAUUUCAUGAGGAGAAGAAAUGUAGUUCUAAGCGUUGAUAUGUAUAAGACAAACGAAAGUGAGCUUCAAAAUGCAGUGAAAAAAGCAGCUGACCAUCUAAUGAGUUCUAGAAUAACAAUGCCGUAAUUCCUCACACAGUGUUUGAGGAAUGCUGUCUCAUAGUGGAAGAAUUCCUCGGAUAUGAUUAUCGUAAUAUG